AUGCUACAAUGUCUCUAUUACUCGAAGCAAUUCCGCGAAGCAGUCAUCAACUAUCCUCGAAAAUCGUUACUACCCGGUGCACCAAAUGGAGCGUUGGUAUCAAACUCGAAACUCUCUAGGACAUCGACGGAGCCCGCUGCUCCCAAUGGAAAAGCGAAAGGAGGUGUCGGGUCGCCUGCCCCACUAGCAAGGCGGGGGUCGACUCCAGCGAGUGCAGCGGUCCCACCUGCGGCCCCUGCAAAACCAGAGGAUAAGGAUUCACCCGAGGCGAAGAAGAAGGCCGCUUUGACUGCUGGUCCGAUACUCAAUGUCGAAGUCGCGAACUCGAAGAACUAUCAUAUGGAGGAGUCGCUAUUCACAGCGAUGAAGGAUCUUUUCGAGAGCGUAGUAGCAAACGAGUCGAGGACUGGAGUCGUGAGCCCUUUGCGCUUUGUCGAAGUGCUUAAGAUGAAGAAUGAGCUUUUUCGAAGCCAGAUGCAUCAGGAUGCCCACGAGUUCUUUAAUUAUGUUCUAAACGAGGUCAUUGAAAACGUGGAGGACCAUGCGAAAGCUGUGAACCAAAACAAGAGCGAGACAUCGUCUCGUUUAAUCCCAGAAACAGCUGACUCGGCUGAUUCCGCAAAAGCAGUGUCAACGACAUCCGAAUCUGUGGUGCCAAAUACAAGCUGGGUUCAUGAUCUAUUUGAGGGAGCAUUGACAUCUGAAACCAAAUGCCUAACAUGCGAGAACGUUUCAAGAAGAGAUGAACCAUUCCUCGACCUUUCCAUCGAUCUAGAAAAGCAUUCAUCUGUCACAUCUUGUCUCCGAAACUUUUCAGCGAGUGAGAUGCUUUGCGAACGAAACAAGUUCCACUGCGAUGUAUGCGGCGGGCUCCAGGAAGCGGAGAAGAGGAUGAAGAUCAAACGGCUUCCGAAAGUUCUGGCAUUGCACCUAAAGCGAUUUAAGUAUAUGGAAGAUUUGGGACGACAUCAAAAGCUUUUCCACAGAGUAGUUUACCCCUAUCAUCUCAGAUUAUUCAAUACCACCGACGACGCCGAAGAUCCGGAUCGACUCUACGAACUUUAUGCUGUCAUUAUUCAUAUUGGAGGUGGGCCAUAUCAUGGACACUAUGUCGCUAUAAUCAAGUCUGAGGAGCACGGGUGGCUACUGUACGACGAUGAAAUGGUGGAACCCGUCGACAAAUCCUUUGUGCGAAACUUCUUCGGCGAUAGACCCGGGUUGGCGUGCGCAUACGUUUUAUUCUACCAAGAAACGACACUGGAGGCCAUAGAGCGCGAGAAUAAGAUGGAGCAAGAAAGAGCAGAGGCAAAGAAGGCGAAACUGAACAAGACUGACGCUAAAGAGAAGGAUCUUAAGAAGAAGCCAUCGAAGGAGAAAGUUAACGGAUACACAAAUGGUCACAUCAUUUCUCCCAUCGAUGAUGUUCCUGAUGUCGCAAUUCUUGAUGGACCUAAGACGCCAAUCCUGGAGCCCCAGCCUAAGACACCAACUGGACUCCCACCAGUGCCGUCGAUACCGACAUCAUACCUCAACGUUAAUACCAAGCCGACAGCACCGGAGGCUACGUCUCCUGUUUCACCUAUCAAAUCCAAGAAGGAACGUGAAAAGGAGCUUAAGGAGGAGAAAGCGCGAGAGAAGGAAAGAGAGAAGCAAGCGAAGAAGGAGCGGGAGAAAGAAGCCAAGAAUAAGGGUAAAGAGGAGAAAGAAAACGGCGGUAGCAGCCACGGACUGAGCCGAUUUAGACCGCCGUCUAUUGGCAAGAAACCCUUUGGCUUCAACAAGAUCAUGGAGAAGGAAAGAGAGAAGGAACCUGUACCGCCAAUACCUUCAAACGCAUUGCAUUAUGGCGACUCAUCUGCAACGACGACUCAAAGUUCAAUAGCUAGCCCUAACCUACAGCCUGUAACAGUAUCGGCAAACGGAAGACAAGAGAGUUUCGACGAGAGACAUUUAAAUGGUAGCCAUACACCUAAGGAGGAAAAGAAGCACAAGGAAGAAAAGCACCACAGAGCUAGUAAGAUACUACGGAAGAAGCUGUCGAUCCUGGGAUAG